CAGUGCAGAGCCGAGCCGAGCCGAGCCCCGCCGGUGGGGCCAUGCCGUCCUACACCGUAACGGUGGCCACGGGCAGCCAGUGGUUCGCGGGCACCGACGACUACGUGUACCUGAGCCUGGAGGGCACGGCGGGCUGCAGCGAGAGGCACCUCCUGGACAAACCCUUCUACAACGACUUCGAGCGCGGCGCGGUUGACUCCUAUGAUGUAACUGUGGAAGAAGACCUUGGAGAAAUUCAGCUAAUAAAAAUUGAGAAACGAAAAUAUUGGUACCAGGAUGACUGGUACCUUAAGUAUAUCACUGUAAAAACACCAAUGGGUGACUAUUUGGAGUUCCCGUGUUACCGCUGGAUUACAGAUGAAAAAGAGAUUGUCCUUCGAGAUGGAAGAGCAAAGCUCUCCCGGGAUGACAAGACACACAUUCUCAAGCAGCACAGACGCAAAGAGCUCGAGAGCCGUCAAAAAAUGUACCGCUGGAAGGAGUGGCAUCCAGGCUUUCCCCUGAGCAUUGAUGCCCUUUCACACAGGGAUCUGCCUCGUGACAUCCAGUUUGACAACGAGAAAGGAAUUGACUUCAUUCUGAACUACUCUAAAGCGAUGGAGAAUCUUUAUAUCAACCGUUUCAUGCACAUGUUCCAGUCCUCCUGGAGUGAUUUUGCAGAUUUUGAGAGGAUCUUUGUCAGAAUCAGCAACACAAUCUCUGAAUAUGUGAUGCAGCACUGGAAGGAAGAUUUUAUGUUUGGCUACCAGUUCCUGAAUGGAUGCAAUCCUGUGCUGAUCCGGAGAUGCACCGAGAUACCCAAGAAGUUACCCGUGACUACAGAUAUGGUAGAAUGCAGUCUGGAGAGGAACCUGACCCUGGAGGAAGAAGUGAAGCAAGGAAACAUUUUCAUUGUGGACUACGAGCUGUUGGAUGGUGUGGAUGCCAAUAAAACAGACCCAUGCACGAUACAGUACUUGACUGCACCCAUAUGCCUGCUGUAUAAGAACCUGGAGAAUAAAAUUGUACCCAUUGCAAUCCAGCUUGGGCAAAAGCCUGGGCCAGACAAUCCCAUAUUCCUUCCCUCAGAUGCCACAUAUGAUUGGCUGCUCGCUAAAAUUUGGGUUCGCUCAGCUGAUUUCCACAUCCAUCAGACAGUGACCCAUCUCUUACGGACACACUUAGUCUCAGAGGUGUUCAGCAUAGCCAUGUUCCGGCAGCUGCCUGCUGUACAUCCCCUCUUCAAGCUCUUGGUGCCGCACAUGCGAUUCACGAUAGCCAUCAAUACCAAAGCCCGAGAACAGCUUAUCUGUGAAUGUGGUCUUUUUGACAAGGCAAAUGCUACAGGUGGAGGAGGACAUGUACAAAUGGUGCAGAAAGCAAUGAAGGAUCUGACUUACAGCUCUCUCUGCUUCCCUGAGGAGAUGAAAGCUAAAGGGAUGGACAGCAAAGAGGAUAUCCCCUACUACUAUUACCGGGAUGAUGGCAUUAAAGUCUGGGAGGCUAUCAAGAGUUUUGCAGAGGAUGUUAUUCACAUCUACUAUGAGAGCGAUGAGAUUGUAUGUGAGGAUGUGGAGCUCCAGGCUUUCGUCAAAGACAUUUACGUCUAUGGAAUGAGGGGUGUAAAGGCCUCAGGGUUUCCUAAGAUGAUCAGAACACGAGAGAAGCUAUCAGAAUAUCUCACAGUGAUAAUAUUCACCACAUCAGCCCAGCAUGCAGCUGUGAAUUUUGGUCAGUAUGACUGGUGUUCCUGGAUACCCAAUGCCCCACCAACAAUGCGCUGCCCCCCUCCGACAGAAAAGGGGACAGUCACCAUCGAGCAAAUUGUGGAGAGUCUGCCAGAUAGGGGACGUUCUUGUUGGCAUCUGGGAGCUGUCUGGGCCUUGAGCCAAUUCCAGGAAAAUGAACUGUUUCUGGGCAUGUACCCAGAUGAACACUUUGUGGAGAAGCCGGUGAAAGAGGCUAUGGCAAAAUUCCGCAAGAAUCUGGAUGAGAUCGUCAGCGGCAUCACCGAGCGCAACAAGAACAAAAAGCUGCCUUACUACUACCUUUCCCCAGAUCGCAUUCCCAACAGUGUUGCUGUUUGAGCAGAUACCCAGAAGAAGCUGGAGAUGUGUAAAGCGAGUGAUGCUUUCCUGUUACAUAGGCUUCUUUUCAAUGAACUUUCAGAAAAGGAUAAAAUAAGAAACCCCCUCUUUUGUCAGAGCUGACCCUUAGUCGAUUUGGACUGUCAAAACAAGUUUAUGACUGACCUUGCAGAGUGUAGCUGGAAACCUCUAGGUCAAUUUGUUACAAGUUUAUUUUUCCAAGAUUUUUUAAUGAAUGUUAGAAUCAGUAGCCAUGUUUCUGUUAGCUUUUCCUCUCCUGGUCAAAAUAAUGCAAUCACAGACUCACCCAUUUUAUUCAGUGAAAAUAGUACCAGGAGCAAUAGGCAAGUUACAUGUUAAAAAUCCUUCCUGUUUUUAUCAGGUAACAUGAUUGACAUACAAAAAUAUAGUUGCUAAAGUUUAUAAAUGGUUUUAAAUCUGAUAAAACAAAUGUUAAAUAUUUUCACUACAACUGCGUCCUGAUCAGGAUGAAGGUAGAAGCAGGACUUUUUCUUAACAUAGUUGAGGGAUUUUUAUCACUUUCUUAUUGAGUUCAUGUGAAAUUCAUAGACGAAAAUUGUGUAUCUACAUAAACCUAGAUGUUUGCUACAUAAAACUAGCAAGGUUUGUUUUAGCCUCUACCAGCAGAAUUUGAUGUCAUUCAUAAACAUAGACAAACAUUUUGCUUAACACAAUGGCAACAAGUACAGACCUAGCAGCGCUUAUGUUCAAUUUCUGUUUCAUUGCUGGGGCUGCUUAAUUUUGUGGAUAGUUUCUUCUGGUUUAUGGGAGAUGAAGAGGCUACUUUGUAUAAGGAUAAAAAUUGUGGAGAAAGGUUACUUGUCAGCUUUUAAGGGGAAUAAUUAGAUUUGACCAAUUAAGCAUAAUCAACAUAUUCCACCUUAGAAAUAAUUGAGUUUUGUCUGUUUUGCUUAGAAGUGGUUAGGUUCAAGUCUUUGGGCUUUGGUUAAGGUUGAGAAAGUCACUGAGAUGAUGAAAGCAAAAAUGAGGUUUGGUAAACUUAAGAGUCAUAGUUUUCUUUAUAACAAUUUUGAUAUAUUUUUCACAUAAUUUUUUCCUUGUACUAGCUUUGUCAGCCUGCAGUGUGCUUUCUCAAUAGAUAAGAAAGCUUCUUGUCCUAAUAAAAGAAAA